CAGAGAUAGAGAUGGAGAUGGAGAUGGAGAAAGAAAGUGAAAGAGAAAGAGAUCACCGCUUCCACCGUUUUCGUCUUCAUCCCUUACUUUUUACUUUCUGUUUGCCUUUUUCUUUUUAAAUCAAGCAGGCCGACGCUUCGUUUCAUCAGAAGCCAAAGAAAAGAGGAGGAGAGAAACGUCCUAUUGUUGCAGAUUCGUUGUGUUUCUUUCUAGAUGGAUUUUGAAUACCAAGAGGAGUACAUAAAGAAUCAGAGGGGAGUGCAACUCUUUACUUGUAGAUGGCUGCCACUCGUUCCUCCAAAAGCUCUGAUUUUUCUUUGCCAUGGGUAUGGUAUGGAAUGCAGUGGGUUUAUGAGAGGUUGUGGGGUGAGACUCGCUUCAGCAGGAUUCGGCGUCUUCGGUAUAGAUUAUGAAGGCCACGGCAAAUCCCAGGGCGCACGCUGCUACAUCAAGAAAUUCGGCAACAUUGUUAAUGAUUGCGACGAUUUCUUUAAAUCCGUCUGUGAAGAGGAGGCGUACAGAGACAAGGCAAGGUUCCUGUAUGGGGAGUCCAUGGGAGGAGCUGUGGCUCUGUUGCUGCACAGAAAGGAUCCAUUUUUCUGGAACGGUGCUGUCCUAGUUGCCCCUAUGUGCAAGAUAUCAGAGGAAGUGAAACCACAUCCAGUUGUUGUCAACAUACUGACAACCAUUGAAGAACUGAUACCCAAGUGGAAGAUCGUUCCAACCAAGGAUGUCAUAGAUUCAGCCUUCAAAGAUCCAGUCAAAAGGGAAGAGAUCAGAAGCAACAAACUCAUAUAUCAAGAUAAGCCCAGACUCAAGACUGCUCUUGAGAUGCUCCGCACAAGCAUGAGCCUAGAAGAAAGGCUCAAUGAGGUGACCUUACCCUUCCUGGUGCUACAUGGGGAGGCUGAUACGGUCACAGACCCAGCCGUGAGCCAAGCCCUAUACGAGAACGCGAGCAGCACGGACAAGACCCUAAGACUGUACCCGGGAAUGUGGCAUGGGCUCACUAGCGGCGAGCCCGACCACAACAUAGACAUGGUCUUCGAGGACAUCAUCGCUUGGCUAGACACACACAGCAUCUCCUACCCAGUACCGGGCACGCCAGGCCAUUCCACGGCAGGGACGGCUAGCAUCCUUGCUGGUCAAGGUGGGCUCGGUGGUGGUUCAUAUGGACGCAGGUGCGGUCAGCCGCACCAGAAUGCUAGCUUUCUUUGUGGUUUGAAAGGUCGACCCAUGUACCAAUGCCGACAAUCUGCCAUGUGAUGGGUUGGGCGGGGGAGGUAGACUCCCAAGAAUGUUCAGGGAAGAAUCCAUGCCCAUUAUAUGGUUAAUAGUGCUUACUGCUAAUUAAUUAUUGUACAUGUUAUAUGUUUCACAUUAGAAGAAAAAUAAAUAUGGUCUAUCAGAAGGCAUUAUUGCUGUA